AUGGAUAACCACAUCCCCGACAUAUCAGACAAAGGUCUCCAUGGCCGAGCCUUUGCGCCCUACCCCUCGCGGCGCUCUGUUGUACACAGUACAAAUGGCAUUGUCUCGUGUACACAGCCUCUCGCGGCGCAAGCUGGUCUGAGAAUUCUUCAAGCAGGCGGUAAUGCCGCUGAUGCUGUUAUCGCUGUAGCUUCCUGCCUUAACGUAACCGAGCCCACCUCUACCGGUAUUGGUGGCGAUGCCUUUUGUCUCUUCUACAACGCGAGUACCAAAAAGAUUCACGGGCUCAACGCCUCUGGGCGCUCUCCGGCGGCAUUGACCCUCGAGAGAGCCCUCGCCGACAUCCCCGCCGCUGAGCGAUCACAGGACCGUAUUCCAAUGACGCACGUACACUCGGUCACAGUCCCUGGCGCAGCUUCGGCUUGGUGCGAUACCGUGGAGCGGUUUGGGUCUGGAAAAUUUACGCUGAGGGAGGUGCUGGCGGAUGCGAUACGGCUCGCAGAGGACGGCUACCCUGUAAGUGAGGUAACAGCGACGAACUGGGCGCUCGGAGUUGAGCGAUUGGUUGGUGCGUCUCCAAAUUCAGGGGAGAUGCUAAUUGAUGGGCGGGCGCCGAGGGAGGGAGAGGUUAUCAGAUUGUCAAACCUGGCGAAGGUUUAUCGUGAGCUGGGAGAAAAGGGGAGGAAGGGUUUCUAUGAGGGUUGGAUUGCAGAGGCGCUGGUUGAGGUGCUCAAGUCCCGGGGAGGAGUAAUGGAACUGGAGGAUCUGAAGAAAAUGGGCGAGGUAGGGAGCGAGGAGACGGAGGCGGUGGGGUUGGUGUAUGAAAGGACAGGGUUGAAGCUAUGGGAGCAUGCGCCGAAUGGACAGGGAAUUGUGGCCCUGAUGGCGUUGGGAAUCCUAGAAAGCCUGCAGGAGAGAGGUGUGGUCCCGGAUAUUGGGAAAGAGGGCAGCCAUGCGCAUAAUUCUGCAGAGUAUCUUCAUGCGAUAAUAGAGAGCUUGAAAAUCGCCUUUGCAGACGGUCACUGGUUUAUCGCCGACCCUGCGCAUAGUAAAGUCCCCACAGAGGGCCUCCUGGAUAAAGAGUACCUAGCCGCCCGCUCAAAACUCUUCGACCCCUCUGUCGCCACAAAAACACCGGCCCAUGGUUCCCCCGCACUUCGCUCUAGUGACACGGUAUACUUCACCGUCGUUGAUGGGCAAGGUAAUGCGGCUUCCUUCAUCAAUUCCAACUAUGCCGGCUUUGGUAGUGCCAUCAUUCCAAAAGGCUGCGGGUUCACUCUCCAGAAUCGCGGGUCCGGCUUCUCUCUCUCUGCAGGCCAUCCCAACGUACUUGCACCAUCAAAGAGGCCUUAUCACACCAUUAUACCGGCGCUGAUAACGGAUGCAAAGACGGGAGAGCUCCACACAGCGUUUGGUGUCAUGGGCGGGUACAUGCAGCCCCAAGGACACGUGCAGGUAUUUCUCAAUACGUGUGUGUGGGGUAUGUCGGUGCAGCAGGCUUUAGAUGCGCCUAGGAUCUGUGUGGGUGGUGGAUAUGAUCCAAGUCAUCCGCUGGUACAGAUCGAGGAGGGGAUUAGUGAGGAGACGGUGGAAAAAUUGAGGAACCUGGGGCAUAAUGUGGUUGUGGUGACAGGAUGGAGUAGAGGCGUGUUCGGGAGAGGUCAGGUUAUAAGGGUGAAACAUUGCCCUGAUGGUAAAAGAAUAUUGAGUGCGGGGAGUGAUCUGAGAGGUGAUGGACAUGCGGUAGGGUAUUAG